AUGGCUAAGGUUCACAUAACCAAUGUCGUUGUCCUAGACAAUCCGAGUCCGUUUCUUAAUCCUUUCCAAUUCGAACUGACAUUCGAAUGCAUUGAAGAACUGAAGGAGGAUCUGGAGUGGAAGAUGAUUUAUGUCGGAUCUGCCGAAACGGAGGAGCAUGACCAAGUUUUAGAUACGAUAUACGUUGGUCCCAUACCAGAGGGAAGACACAUGUUUGUUUUUCAAGCACCGCCACCUGAUGUCACUCGUAUUCCUGAAAAUGACGCUUUAGGUGUAACAGUAGUGUUAUUAACGUGUUCGUACAGAGGACAGGAGUUUGUUAGAGUUGGAUAUUUCAUUAAUAACGAGUACAGUGAAAGUGAGCCAGAGUUACGCGAAAAUCCGCCAGCUAAGCCGCAGUUUGAUAAAGUUGUGAGAAAUAUACUAGCUUCAGAGCCCCGUGUGACGAGGUUCAAGAUAAAUUGGGCAGAGCCGGAUGCUGCAGCGGCGGUCGAUUCCAGCGACGCAAAUUUGGAGGCCUCACAUGCUCCAAGUAAUGACUUUUACGGGGCGUCACUUAACGCGGACAGUCAAAUCAGCGGUAUGGAAUUCCAGGGCAGUUUAAGUGGCUAUGGUGACAAUUCGAAUUCUAUAGCGCCGAUGGAGUGCUGA